UUUGUGUUUGUGGUGUGUGUUUAGAGCUGGGCGGCUGUGGGGUGUUCAGCAGUCUGACAUUUUAAUCACUCAUCCGCUCAUUUUUGUUUUAAAUGAAAAACCUCACCUACAUUAACAAUAUGAGUGUCAUAAAUCUUAAAACGUGGCUGAUGCAGACGCAGUUUUUGCCUCUCAGCGUCGGGCUGUCAUCUGAGCCCAAGAGAGAGACAAAUGUUUGUUUGUUUGAUUAAAGCAUAUGAAGUCAGGCCAUUAAAAGUCCUCUGUCAAAGCUUUGGUGAAAACUGUGUAAACUGUGAUGAAUAAUUCAAAGACAACUAUCAUUUUACUUGAGAUAAGCUUGCUGGGUUGCCAUGGUAGAGAUGCAUGUAUUAUUUACUGGCAGUGUGAGUCUGACUGUAAGGCAGCUUACAGGCUCUCGGUCGUUUUUAGAUCUGUUCAAACUGCGAGGAUUAAACGUGGUAGUAAUCCAUGGGAAACAAAACAGUGUGUCUGAGCUGCACACUUACCUCUGAAUGAGAAGUGAGGAGCUACACUGCAGCGUUGUGGACCAUGUAAUGUAGCAGAGGGUUUUACAAUGGAGGAGACAAUACUGACGGCGGGGCAGGAGAAGCCACAGAAGCGGGUGAGGUUCCGCGUGGCUUCGGGGAACAGCGGCCGGGUGCUGAAGGAGAUGUUCAAGGAUGAGGGGCCUUCAGACUCCCUGGAUUCAGACUGCACCAGCAGCUCUGACGCCGACCGGGCCAGUACCCCCUCCACAAGCGGGGACGCACACGGGCACCUGUACGGAUACCUGGGCUCCGAGCUGGAUGACAGUGAGAGUGAACCUGAUGAUCUGCUCCUGUAUGCGGGGGCCACCAAGGACUGGACGUUCACCACCAAGAGAGUCAACAUACUCAGUAAAAAUGGGACUGUGAGGGGGGUCAAGCAUAAAGUCAGCGCAGGUCAGACGCUGUUUGAAAACCUUCCCAGUACCAACAGUAUGGAGUUAUUGCUUGAGUUCGGGCGGAUUGUGAUCUACACAACGAGCUUCCGCGUGGUGAGGACCACCUUUGAACGCUGUGAGCUGGUCAGGAAGAUUUUCCAGAACCACAGGAUGAAGUUUGUGGAGAAGAACAUCGCCCUGGACAGUGAGUACGGGAAGGAGCUGGAGGAGCGGUGCAAACGUGUGGGAGAACCUCCUUCAUUACCAGUCGUGUUCAUUGAUGGACACUACCUCGGGGGUGCUGAGAAAAUACUCGGCAUGAAUGAAUCAGGAGAGCUUCAAGAUCUUCUGACAAAAAUUGAGAGGGUACAGCAGCCCCAGACGUGCCAGACCUGUGGGGGCUUUGCCUUCAUCCCAUGUCCAAUGUGCCAUGGCAGCAAGAUGUCCGUGUUUCGCAACUGCUUCACGGAUUCCUUCAAAGCCCUCAAGUGCACUUCCUGCAACGAGAACGGUCUGCAGCCCUGUGUGAGCUGCAGCCAGUGAGGAUUAAAUGUGCCUGACCCAACAUCCUUACGUCUCUCUCUGGAACCUUACACAGGACUGAACUGGACUGCAACACAGGCAGUGAACUGGAACACAGCUGGACUCUUCUUCCAUGGCCAUUGUUAGUUUAAGAAAAAAAGGAAUUUGUAAUAAAAUCUGUGAAUUUGUGGAUUUGGUAUUGGUGCUAUGUUGAAUCGACAUGUGAUUCAUGAUAGGAAUGUGUUAAUUUUUUAUUUUAUACAGCAAAUAAGAUCAGGUUUCUCUCAUUAGAUUA